CUACACGUUUAACCACCCUAUCAGGACAACCGUUCCUGUUUUCAACCGGCUCAGAUAGAUCGCAGAGCCAGAAGUGCUAUCUAGAGCCUAUGGCAUCCUCGAAUAUACAACCCAAACCCGCAAGCAAUACACGCCUUUACGAUGGAUCUGAAGCCCCAGUGUCUCAGUGUCCGGAACUGAGGGGGCAGUCCGGAGAACAGACCCAGAAGACAGGACAAGUCGUGUGCAUUUCAAAAGAUGCCCAACAUCCCUACACCACUGGACAAACACGCCUCCCACAUUGGGAAAUAUUCGUGGCUAUAACUGUUCGGUUGAUGUGUUUACCUUCAAGACCGGGAGCACUUGUUCAGUGAACCGUUGCUCUGUGCUUUGCUGAUCUUUCCUGUAUCUCUGUUGAUAGUGACAAUCAAGCUGGCUGCUGAGCAAUUGUAGGUGUGAUGGACGGCCACAGUAAUGGAACGCAAGGGUACACUCUUCCUGGUGUGAUGCACUACCUCCAGACAGAAUGGGCCACGAACCAUAGGGAUCGUAUACUCAUGAAGAGUGAGCUCGAAGAGAUGAAGUGUCAGGUGGCCAAGCUUACGAGUGAGAAUAACAGCUUGAGGUACAUCAAUGCUAAGCUUCAAAAGCAACUGGACUCGCUCAACUGCGCUGAUAGCAACGGCAAGGCUUGUGCAAGGGAGCAGGAUCAGCUUGUGAACGGGUUGCAAGACUUUGAGCUUGCUCCUUUGAUCGAGGCCAGAAGGCACUUGGAGGAUAAGAUGAGGGAAGUUGUGUUCUUGCUGAAGGGGACAGAUUCAGAUCUAUCGUCGCAGCUGGAACUAGAGCGUCAAAGGGCUUUGCUAGUGGUGGAGGACCAGCAUAAGCACGCUGCCGAGGUGGUUGAUAGUGACGUUAAAAGGGUACUUACCCAAUCCCCAGCUGUUCCAGAAUCACCAGAGUACGUGCCUAAUGGAUUAACAAAGGAUUCCGGUGAUAUUGACACGGAUAACGAGACCGUCAUUGCUGAGGAAGAUGCAGACAAGACAAAACCAACACCUUCAAAGAGGUCUAACAGUUUUACACCGUCCAGACCCACCACUGAUUAUUCUAAACCCAGAUUCACUUUGAAAUCACACAUAUCUCAGAUCAGAUCACUGUCAUCUUUUGCAAAUUCGUUAUUGACACUUGCAUCUGGUGGCUCUAUAAUCCUGUGGAGGUUUGAUGAGAAGGUGAAAAAAGAUUCCAUAUCUCCAAAGGAGAUCAAGACUUAUUCGUCCAAUUGUGACGAUUUGGAGUUCAUCAACUGGAUAAGCAAGGAUUAUUUUGUCGUUGCAUCGCACUCAAAGGUAUUCCUUUGGAAUAUUAACCAGGAUACUCCAGACCACGAGAUCACUUGUUCCUCAAGGUUGACACAACUAGUCGCCAAUGGGGACUUUGUCGUAUUGAAAAUGAACAAGUCGGUAAAGAUCCUAGUACUAGAACACUCCUCCGAUAUCACAUGGCUUGAGUUUGACGAUUUGAAUAUUAGUGCUGAAUCAAUUGCACUGCGUGGAUCCCUACUCUACGUGAAGAUCCCUGGGAAAAACCUUGAGGUUUACGACAUUUCUAACAAGGUCAAGCUACUGCAAACGAUCUCCAUUAGCGUUGAUAUUGAUGGCAUCGUUCAGUCGUUGUCUAUUGACGAUAAAUUAUUAGCAUUGGGCACUGAAAAGGAAGUUGUCGUCUUUGACUUUACUACUAACCGAAUCCUAUUACAGCAAAGCUCCAAAGGUGUCACCCAGGUGUUCUUCACCCUGAGCCACAUAGUUAUAGUCGAUAGGGAUGGCUCCAUAUCCAUCUUCUCAAGAGACUGUCAUCUACUGGCAACUAUGAACCACUACGACACGUUGUUGAAGGGGGUCAGCAUUGAGCAACUCUCAGAUGAUGAUAAAAACUUUCUACAUAAGGCCACUGCUGUUGCUACAACGUAUGGUGACGAUUAUGUACUCACAGGUGGUGAUGAUUGUAUGAUACAUGGAUUUGCUCUAAAUAAUUGAUAAUUAACAAGGAUGUAAUCGAAGUUUUGU